CUCGCUUUGAGCGCAUGGUGUCCAUCAACAGUGCAUCGUAAAAACAGUCUUUGCUGAGCGGGAAAGCUGCGAGCAAAAAAAUUGCAGUGGGUCAUCCUUGCAAAUCCAUUUUAAUCAUACCGAAUAAUGAGUGACGAACUUAAUGACUCGGGUUGCGUGGACAAAAGCCGGAACGACAGCGUGAGCGAACACGAAGAUGAGCGUUCACACAGUCCAGACAUCCACUUUGAGCCGGUCAUGAAGCUGCCACUGAUAGAUGUUAAAACGCUCGAAGAAGAUGAGGAGGUCCUGGUCAAGCUGAGGGGCAAGCUCUACAGGUACGUCACGGCACCCGACGAGGCUCCGGAGUGGAAGGAGCGGGGUACAGGCGAGGUGAAGAUCCUCUGCAACAAGUCUGGCCACUGCCGCAUUCUCAUGCGCCGGGACAAGACCUUCAAAGUCUGUGCCAACCACUAUGUGCACCCAGGCAUGGAGCUAAAGCCAAGCCAUGGCAGUGACAAAGCGUGGGUCUGGAGCACUGUAGCCGACUUUGCGGACGAGGAGCCGAAGCCAGAGCUGCUAGCACUGCGGUUUGGAAGUGUGGAGAAUGCCCAAAAGUUCAAGGAAAAAUUUGAAGAAGCCAAGAGAAUGCAAAUUGAGCUGCUCAAAGAAGGCAAAGAAGCUGCCCCUGGAUCCGAAGUGCCCACGAAGGAACUAGAGUCGCUGGCCAUCAAGGAGGAGGCAAAGGAGGACAAAGCGGGCGACAGCAGCGUCGCUGCAGAAUCUGAAAAGAGCCCUUCCGGAGACUCGGCAGAUGCGUCCAAGAAGUGAACGAAAAGGCCCAACGCACUUGUAGCCUGCUGUGUACUGCUGGUCAAUCGACUGUUGCCUUUUUCGCGUCGCAGGGACCAUGUCUCGCUCUCGGCUGAGGCAAGUCAGUCCUCGGGUUUCGAGGAGCUUGUCCUUGGAUAGGCUGGGUUUUUUUUUUUUUUUUUAGGCGCGGAAACGCCCUAACUGUGGUGGGGUGUAAGUGGCCUCUUUUUCCCUUUUUGUGCAUUGCCAGAGAGUUCCUACCUUGUAGAGGAAGUUUGUAAAGCUCGUAGUGUUUGAAAUGGAGAGGACUAAAGCAGAUGUCUGCUGCUGCACUUGGGACUUUUAACCUGCCUGGCAUGGUGGUGAUGUUGUCAUGUGACUACACCCAAAAGUACUUGACGUAUUGAUUGUUGUUACCUUUCUCGCGGUUGAUUCGCUGGCUAUGAGCUGGUGUUAUUGUCGAAAAGUGUUCUUAUUUUAACACUUUUGUUCACGCAAUGGUGGGAAUUCUUCCUCCGCGAGAGGUGUUACAGUCGAACCCGAUAUAUCAAACUCGAAGGGGAUCGCGAAAUAGUUUAAUAUAGAUAAUUCAGGAUGUGAAAUACGCUUAUCUGAAAACUCCAUGCGCCUCGGACAGUAUCCCGCGAACAUGAAAAAUGGGAAGUUGCCUACCCCAUGCCCGGAGCCACUCUGUGAAAAGAUCGAGUGCCAUCACUUUUCUUGUAGAGCAUGAUUGUCGGACUGGGAGGCCUUUUUGCAUUCAUGACACAGCACGGCAGUUAGUCCUUUUCACUAUCGGUACGCUUCACCAUAUUGCAUGGCUGCGAUGUGGCAAAGGUAAAGCAAUUUUGGCAUUGUGGAGCGCAAAAAAGGCCUGUGCUGCAUGAGCCCUCAGUAUUUUGUGACGUGCACCUUGCUUAUUUUUCCUCCGUUGCAUGUACUGGCCUUCGUAUUCAACGCUUUGACAUCAACUGCCAAAACUAUCCCGUUUCGUCAAUGUGACUAUUUCCGAUGAUGCAAGAAGUGAUCAGUCUCGUAAGAAGUUGCGCACUUGCAGGGGCGCACCGCAGUACAUAGUCGAUAUGUACAUAGUGCAAUGCUAUACUUUUGCGUGGCAUUUUCGAGGAUAUAUUACAGCUGUUUGAUAUGAAGAAUAAUUUAAUAUACGUGGGUUUGGUAUGUCCAGGUUUAACUGUACUACAGUGGAACCCUGUUGAUGCGUACCUCACUGUUGCAUUUUCCUGGCUUGUAUCUGAAGACCAUUUACUCUUAUGUAUCGCGUUUCCAUUUGUUAUGCCACCUUUCUCUAACGUUCCUGCAUUUUGCAUUAUACUUGAAUGUGGUGAUCGUAUACAUUUAGCAAUGCAGUGGCAAAUUUGGAAGUACAGAAUGCCACAAGUAUGCAUUCGUCAAUCCCAAUAAGCAUGUUGCCACAUAGUCGGGUGAUGCCCGCUCUCUAAAACCGGCUUCACCGCAAUGCAGCCGUGUUUGCGGUGAAGCAUAUUAAAAGUGAGACGGAGCCUUUAUCACGGAACAUAGUAUGUGUCCCCUAAAGGGGGCAUGACACCAAAUUGUCGAUCAUAAUCUGUACUGCGUGAGGUAAUCUUUGUGCAUUCAAGAACACGGCAAAAUUUUUGUUCAUUUGAGCCAGCACGUAAUUUGCAAUUGAAGCUUUUAUAUUGCACUCGAACGGCAUAACAGUUGUGUUACACUGGCAUGCUCGCAAGCCGUGGCGUCACAAGCGGCGUGCUUGCCGAGCAAUAAUGUAUAUUCUGGCGAAGAAUCGGUGCUUCACCUGUGCGCAUGCAGGAAACUUCUGCUUUGUUCAGCUUGCCAUUGGAAUUGUUCAACUUGCAGCGGCUGAAACAAUGCCACCGCGGCGCCUAUGUAGCGCUGUGGGGUGCCACAGCAAACGAAGCAAGGAGUGCUCCGUGUCAUACUUCCCCAAGGAGCCCGUCAAGCGUUAGGCCUGGGAGAUGAAUGUGGCACGAAGGACUGGCACUCGUAUGACGGUUUUGUUCUGUUUUUGGAACACUUUACGCCAGACAGCUACAAAGAUGAUUUGCGCCUACUCACUGAGCUAGGGAUACACAUGAAAAAGCUGAGGCUGUGGCCAGACGCGAUGCCGACCGUGUGUGGGCACCAACCCAUCCGGCAGGCAGUGCUCCAGCCCCUAGCUAUAACUUUUUUUUUUUACCAAUGUCAGGUAUAAUAAAGUAAGUUCAAGUGCAGGUUCAACCAAAGCGUACAUCAUGCAAAAUCCUUGCUCUGCGGACACGUGUGCGGGCGUUUGUUUACUUGUGCCACAGGCAGCUACAGACGGAAAAAGAAUGGGUGGGAACGCGCGGCAGCUUAAGAAAAUCGUGGUUUUGUUUCGUACGGAUCCGAGAAACACGCAUGCAUGGAAUCCAUGCCAGUAAACAAUCUACGCACGUAAUAAUUUGCAUUGCAUGAAGUAGUACCAGACUUCAUCUCCCGGGAACGGCCGGCUAAUCAAGUGCUAGACGCAUGAAGUAGCAACAGUGCGGAAAAGCAUCAGCAGCAUUUCGCACAAUACCGAUGUCGCCAUCUGUGUUGACCACAUUCACCAUGCUGUCUUCGUCCAUGGCCUCCAAGAUUCAUUGCUUGCUUCACCAUGCGAAGUUGGCGGCAUAGAAGAAAUGGCAUGUGACUUCUAGAGGAAAUAUGGCAGCUACACUCCGACCUCACGUGGUGCGGUGGCUGAUUUUGUAGCAGAUGACGGCUCAGUUACAUGCAGCACAUGACGUCGCACUAGGCUUGGCAAUACGACGGUGCGUGCCGAAAGGCAGGGCUUGGAGCUGGCGACUUCUGGCUAGUAUUUUGGACAAAAAUGUGCUCUUACUGCCCACUUCUUACAUGUGUGUAGCCAUAAUAGACCCUCUAGUACACUUUAAACCGCAAAUUAUUGGGUGACCGUGUCAUGCCCCCUUUAAUUAUACAUGCGCACAGAGCUGUUUCUGACGUCGCUAUGGAGAUUUGCAGCUUUUCUCCCUUUUUUAUUUCCUGGAUGUUACCUUUUCUUUUUCUCACAGUUCCUUGAAGAAGGUAGUAACGGGAUUCUACAGUAUACUUGUGGCGCCAUUGUUGUGUGCGGUAGUAGAGAAAUGUGUGUCUAGUUCUUAUCGAGUGAGAGAGCAAAUCAACACUGCUCUCACAUGCAGGCACAUUCGUUUGAUUGUGUUGCAAUUUUCUGUGGUUUGAGCCAGGCAUUGAGACUCAACUUUGUCUUUCUUCACAUUGCAUGCGUGUGGUGCUUUAGUUGUAGCGAAUGCUUCACUGGCAUUCGCUUUGCUUGUGAUUCCACAAUGGAUGCUGAAAUGCUCUUCAUUCUGCUUAUUGAGCACACGUAGUAGCCUAAGCGGUACUGCCUAGCUUUCUGUAUAUUUGUGUUAGUAGCAUAAUUUGGCGCAUAUGCCAGUAUUGGGUUCUUGUAGCAGAAGACUUGUGUGUUUUGUGGGCAGAUUCAGCGGCACUCUGUAUGUUAACGACAUCGAUCUAAAAAGAUUUUGCUGUUGGCAAGUAAUGGUAAGUGAGAACAAUGUGGCAUGCCUCAGUCUGUAACCAUUUGUAAUCGCGUGAUUGUUAUUCCACAAUGGAUGCUGAAAUGCUUUUCAUUCUGCUUAUUGAGCACACGUAGUAGCCUAAGUGGUACUGCCUAGCUUUCUGUAUAUUUGUGUUAGUAGCAUAAUUUGGCGCAUAUGCAAAUAUUGGGUACUUGUAGCAGAAGACUGGUGUGUUUUGUGGGCAGAUUCAGCGGCACUCUGUAUGUUAACAACAUCUAUCUAAAAUGAUUUUGCUGUUGGUAAGUAAUGGUAAGUGAGAACAAUGUGGCAUGCCUCAGUCUGUAACUAUUUGUAAUCACAUUGGGUUAAUGAUGGCAACUGUUAUAAGGGUCUCAUUAUAUAUUCAAAAGUGUGCUGUAUACAGUAAAUGCAUGUUCUUGCUAUGACUUCAAGGGUUGAUGCUCUUAUUAUAUACCGCGAAAUGGCCAACAGCUCGCUUCCUUUUUUCAUCAUCAUUUUGUCCACUGAGCACUAUCACCGGACGUUUAUCACUGUGUCAUUGUGUGUGUGUGCGCUGGUUGUGUUGUACAUGCUGAUGGGAGUGACUGUGUAGUGUUGGCUGACAUGUUUGCGACUGUGGUGUAACACAUCCAUCACGUGAUGCGAGGACUCUGGCAGACGAAAGAAUGGGCAUCAAAAUAGGCUGGGGGUUGGCGACACAGACUCGGCAGAGCUGUUUGUUGUGCUUUCAGGCCAGGACAAUGGCUUAUUCAGUCAUUUCUUCACUGUAUAUACUGCGGCAUGUGUAGUUCUUGCUGAACACCUCAUGUACUUGGCAAGCAUCUAUUAAAUGGUCUUCGGAUUUGUC